AUGCUGUGGCCCUGUAUCCAGUCUGUGCCACAGCCCAACCUGAACGGAAGGAUCGGCAACGUCUGGGUUUCUAACCAAGUUGGAGGCGGCUCGUCCGUGAACGCCAUGAGGACUACGAUCGCUGGGCUGCCCUGUUCGGAGACGAAAGCUCAGCAGGGUACCGCUGACUGGAGCUGGGACGGCAUCUUGCCGUUCUUCAAGAAGGGCCUCCACUUUACUGAGCCGCCUCCUGAGCUGACCGACAACUUCGAUGGCGUCAAGUAUGAUGCCUCCUACUGGGGAGACUCUUCUGAGAUCUAUGCCGGUUGGCCUCGGUUCUAUUACCCAGGUGUGACUCCACUCUUUGAGGCGUUCAAGGAGAUUGACGGCGUUGAGUUCCCGUCCGACAGUGGUGCUGGGAAGGCAGACUGUCACGCGCUUGGCCACUAUCUCAACGUCAACGCUAGCCGCCCUAACUACCACCUUUUGAUCAACACCCAGGUCCGCAGGCUUCUAGUGGAUGAUGAGCUCUCUGCCACAGGAGUUGAGUUUCCGUUGGAAGACAACACCCUGUUCACCGUCAACGCAGAGAAGGAGGUCAUUCUUUCUGCCGGCACUGUCCACACUCCUCACCUCUUGCAGCUGAGCGGCAUCGGCCCCAAGAAGAUUCUUGAGGCUGGAGGUAUUGACGUGCGCGUUUCACUAUGCCCAUACUCCAUCGCACUCACCAACCUGGCUGGCUGGCUCCCCUUCACCGUCGUGUCGGACAAGGCCGACGAGCUUGCCACGAAGCUGGAGCAACAAGACUUUGCCAGCCUGUUGCCAGCCGACGCCGCCGCCACUGUGGUCGCCGGCUUCGAGGCGCAGAUGAAGAUGCUAGCUGCCCAGAUGCGCUCCAAGGACACGGCCUUCACCCGUUUCCAGCUCAUCGCCGACCAUGGCGCGCAGGGUUCUGUGGCGAUGCAAUCCUUCAGCCGCGGCACCAUCAACAUCAACACGACCGACCCGCUGAACACGGAGCCCGUGAUCGACUACCGCUCCCUGACCAACCCCCUGGAGGCCGACUUCUUCGUCGAGUCGAUCAGGUUCCUCCGGCGCUACAACUUUGAGACCUCCCUUGCCUCCGAGUUUGCUCCGGUCGAGUACGUCCCUGGCCCUGACGUCGUCUCGGACGAGGACCUCAAGGCCUACAUCGCCAGAGCUAUGUCGCCGACCGACUACCACCCUGUCGGCACAGCAUCUAUGCUGCCGCUGAAGUUGGGAGGCAUCGUCGACCAAACCUUGCGUGUGUACGGAGUCAAGAACCUGAGGGUAGUCGACGCCAGUGUCAUGCCCAUGGUUCCCUCUGCCAACACGUGCCAGCCUACCUACGCCCUGGCCGAGAAGGCAGCGGAAAUUAUCAAGCAAGGCAUCUAA